CUUAGGCCACACAGCAUGUGCGUGGUAGCGGUGAGGAUGCCAGGAGGGUCUUGCGGCUGGCUCUCGCCCCCUGUCCCGGGUACCUCACAUCCUCCCUGGACGAACCCGCCCGGGGCUGGUUCACCGGAGGGCCUUCAUUCACCCGCGGGCUGUCCGGAGGGGCUCCCAGCAGGGGGCGCCCCGAGCCCCGUCCCGGGCCUCCGGGAGCGUCUCCGGCCGGCGCCUGGGACGGGGCUGGCCGCUCCGCCCCCUCGGCUCCUCAGUGGCUCCGCGGGCGGGCAGGCGCCGGGCGGGCAGGGAGGAGAGCGCAGCCCCGCGGAGCGCCGCGCACCCCGCCGCGCCCACCGAGCCCAUCGAGCCCACCGUUCCCGCCGUCCCGCCGCGCCCUCCGCAGCGCAGCCUCCCUGCGACUGUAUGGUGCAGGUCUCAAUGAGGAGCCCAAACAUGGAGACAUUCAAGCAGCAGAAGGUGGAGGACUUCUACGACAUCGGAGAGGAGCUGGGGAGGUAAGGUGCUG